AUGAAGCUCUCACUCAUUCUUGCGGCUCUUGCCACGUCCGCUUCGUCCUUGAAGACGGUCACUUUCAAGGAUGCGACUGGCAACAAUGUCUCGUAUGUUGAGAAGCCGACUUUUGACCAAAAGAAGGUCGAUGCCUACGUUCUUCAGACCGAACAGAUUGUCAAUUCCACCCACAUGGACAAGUGUGGCAAGUGCCUGACCGCCAUUGCUCUCGGCAAGCAGGCUGCGUUGAACGGAGAUGUGCAGCUCAUUCCUGCAGUGCUUACCAAGCUGUGCAAAAUGUACAAGUUCUCCAAGACAUGUGACACCGACUAUGGAGCCGAAACUACUGGCUACGACACCGAUGGAACCCAUGCAGCCCAGACUCUCACUCUCAUUGGCGACCCUUACGGCACUGACGGCCAGUAUCUCUGCUACUACAAGGUGAACCAGGCGUGUCCUCUUCCUGAGUUGCCCAAGUUUGAUCUCAAGGCCCUGGGGUGGUGGGGCGACAAGCCUGACAAUGUUACUGUUCCCAAAUCCGAAAACAAGACCUUCAACGUGGCACAUCUUAGUGACCUUCAUAUUGAUCUGCGGUACGAGAUGGGUGCCGAGGCCAACUGCACAGAAGGAGGAAAGAUGUGUUGUACCCCGGAUCAGUUCAACAAGGGCGCUCGAGCUGCGGGUCUACAAGAGGCCGUUGUUCCCGCUCAGAAAUACGGCAUGUACACUUGUGACGUGCCUCCUCCUAUGAUUGACUUGACUCUUCAGACAGUCGGACAGUUUGCCAAGGAGAAGGAGUUCGAGUUUGCCAUUUUCACGGGCGACAUGGUUUCCCACGAUGUGGCGUCACAAACCAACCUGGCCAAUACUGCUCUGUCUGAAGAAGCCAUUUACCACGCCUUCAAAAAGUACAUGGGGGAUGUGCCUGUCUUUAUGACCUAUGGUAACCACGAUACUUUCCCCUACGGCCAACUGGCUCAGCACAAGAGUGGCUACGGAGGCUACUUUGUGUGGAAUGACCAGCUGUCUGCUCAGCUAUGGAAAGACUAUGGCUGGAUUGAUGCCGAAGCCGAGCAGCAGGCUAUUCAUACCUAUGGAUCUUUUGCCACCACUACCAAGAGAGGUCUCCGGGUCAUUUCUCUGGACUCCAACCUCUGGUACAAGAAGAACUUUUACAACUUCUGGAACACCUCCACCGACCCUGACCCCUCUGGACUGUUCCGAUUCCUGUCAGAUGAGCUGCUGGAGUGCGAGAAGACCGGUCAGCGAGCUUGGCUCAUGGCACAUAUUCCUCCUGGCGGAAACAUGGACAACUCUUUGGCUCACUCUACUGAAAUCAUCCGCCAGAUCGUCAGCCGAUUCUCCAACACCAUUGCCGGCCUCUUCUUCGGUCACGUGCACGAGGAUCAGUUCAACGUCUGGUACGCAGGAAACGGAUCCACCAACACUGUUGACAACGCUCUUCAAAUUGCCUUCCUUGGGCCCUCCGUCACUCCUCUCACUUACUACAACCCUGCCUGGAGAUACUACGAGGUGGACACCAAGACUUUUGAAGUCAUGAACAGUCACACCUACUACGCCAAGCUCAACGAAAGCUUUGCUUUCGACUUUGAGCACCCUGUUGAGAAGACUAUCGGCAACUUCUCGUACCUCGGCUAUCCUCAGAUUACCAACAUCUCUUCUGAGGACGUUAACGGAACCGCUCCUGUAUAUCAUUACGAGUACAAUGCUCGAGAAGCCUAUGAUCCCGAUCACGAGUGGCCUGCUAAUGCUCCCCUUAAUGCCACCUUCUGGCAUAAGGCUGUCGAUUAUAUCGUCAACCGAAACGAAACUCGAGACUUGUUCCUCAAGUAUGAGUACCGACAAUCGCCGUACGUCCCCAAGUGUGCCGACGAUAACUGUCUCGCAAACGUCUAUUGCUUCCUGUCUUCAGGAACCGUCCCCCAGGUGGAGGAGUGCCAGAAGAACCACAAGGGCUUUAAGAAACAGAUCUACAUCAAGAGAGAUGGUACCUAUGGAGAUGAGCCGGAGCAUCAUCAUCACUAA